AUGGUGGUGAUGCUGCCUGCUCUGUAUGCGCGUGAGUGUGUUGCCUGCUCUGGCGCGUUCAGAAGCUGCUCAAGGAGUGGCCAUCGUGUGCCUUGUCUCUCUUGCGCAGCACCUGCACGGGAGUUUUUGCUUUGUCGGGUAUCUACUACCGUCUCUGUCUCUCCUCCUUCCUUUACAUGCACUCUGUUCCGCUUUCGACACCCCUCACCCCGUACAUGUCGAACUUGUUUUCGAGUUACAGUUUUUUCCUCGGCGUUGGCUUGCUCUCUGUUCGCUUGUGUGGGGUGCCGCCUGCCCUCCUCCCCAUCAAGGUACACGCUGUGGAGGAUACUCAUGUAUCGCCAGAGCAUUGCAGGGCUGGCGCUCGCGGCUGCGCUGGCAGAGAUCCAGCCUGCCCUGACACCGCGCCAGGAAGAGGAGAUAUGGCGCGUUUUCGACGCGGCAAUGCAGGCCGCGGUUGCGGAUGCGCCUCUAAUGUCACACAUCUCCGUGCAAACCCCACCACCUAGCUCCGUGGGCGGAGGUGGCUACGCUGCGGUGACCUCGACUGCCUCAGAGUUGUACGUUCCUGCCGAUGCCGAGGACGGCAGCGGAAUCGAUGCCGAAGAGCGGGCAUUCGGAAAGCCCGCUGCAGCGUCGCAGGACGGUGAGACACCGUUUGAGGACAGCCACAUCGCCUUUCCCGUGUACCGCUUGGUGGAUGACGAGUGGACACUGCUGCUGAAAGACCCGACGGUAGUGGUACGGAACGAGCUUGGCGUGUCCGAGAAGAUCCAACUGGACUACCUUCGAGUGCGCCUCAAGGACAUUGGUGCCCAAUCGGGUGCCACGCAGCCGAAGCAAGUACGUGCAGUGCGGGAGCGCCGCGCGUGA